AUGAUAUCAAUAGAGAGGAAGGAGGGAGAGAAAUGGGAAGGCACAGUACAGGUGCCGCUGACUGAGGGAGUUGUGAAGUACCACUACGUUGUGCUCGCUAAGACGCAUCGAUACGAAGCUCGCAUUGCGGACAGAUCCAUCAACGUCCAAGGCUUGCCUGACGGUGCUAAGGUCUACGUACAGGAUUCUUUCCGUUCACCCAAGCCUGCUACUUUGGCCACAUCAUGCUUCUCGCGUGCAGUGUUUGGAAAGGGGAAGACUUCCAAAACUCUCGAAACGCAGAACCCAGAAGUGGAGCAUGCCAAGAUCACCUGGAGUCCAAACGGAAAGUCUGACUCUGAUGGAGUCACCGUGAGGUUUGCCUUGUUUGCUCCACGUAUGGAUGCUGGACACAGCGUGUGGGUCCAGGGAAAGCCCGCUGCCAUGGGAUCAUUCAGCGACUCAAGCAAAAUUAAGAUGGCAAAUAUUGGAAGUCAAGUGUUUAUUGCUCAAGUUGAGGUCCCACGCUCUGAAUUUCCAUUCGAGUACAAGUAUGUCAUCGUGGAUAGCAUUCUAAUUGGUUCGGUCAAACAGGAUGAGGCAUUCAAUUACUACAAUCCUGUUUUCAAGGCAGCCGGUGUCGCUAUUCCUGUUUCUGGGAUCAAGACUCGUGAUUCUACUGGAAUUGGUGAAUUCCUCGAUAUCAAGAAGAUGGCAGACUGGUGCGUCAGAUCUGGCCUGCAGCUCGUUCAGAUUUUGCCCAUCAAUGAUUCCGGCGAAGAUCCAUCCCCGUACAGCGCUUGCUCUGCAUUUGCAUUGCACCCCAUCUAUGUUCAGCCGAAGAGCGUUUGCUCGUAUUAUUCAUCCAAAUUUGGUGUGGACAUGAGUGGGCCACUUGGAUGGGCUCAGAGUUUGGUGGACAAGCUGAAUGGAAACUGGAAGAUAGACUAUCCCAAGAUAUUGUACGAGAAAAAGAAAAUUCUUGAUGGAAUCUUCGACGCAGUUGGUAAAGAGAAGAUCCUUUCCGACAAAGAUUUUACAGACUGGAUUGAGAAGAACAGCAAGUGGUUGAAGGUGUAUGCUGCAUUCAAAGUGCAAAUGGAAAAGGAAAAGGGCUUCAACAACAAAUGGUUUGAUUGCACCACAUGGUCGAAGAGGGUCACAGAGGCCGAGAACAUUGUCAACUCUAACGGGCCAGAUUACGAUCAUGUUGUGCGUGUGUACUUCACUCAGUACCAUCUUCACUGCCAGUUGAAGGAAGCUUCAGAGUAUGCCGAGGGCCUGGGUGUCGCAUUGAAAGGAGAUUUGCCCAUCGGCGUUACUCGUUGCAGCCAGGAUGUGUGGGCAGAGCCGAACCUGUUCAAGCUGGACAGGAACGCUGGAGCCCCCGGUGACCCGGAGCAGAACUGGGGAUUUCCUCCAUACAACUGGGAUCAGAUGCAUCGUGAUGGCUGCAGCUGGUGGCGCCGCAGGCUCACCCAUAUGGAGCAGUAUUUCCAUGCGUACCGCAUCGACCACGUCCUUGGAUUCUUCCGUAUGUGGGAAAUCCCCAAGAGUGGUGGUGGAGGAAGGUACGAACCCAACGGUGGACUUCGUGAGAACGGGCUCCGCAACUUGCGAGCAAUCCAGACCGCCUCCAACAUGAUGAUCUGUGGUGAAGAUCUGGGUAAUGUUCCCCCAGAGGUUGGCCCUGUCCUGCUUGAGCUGGGCAUCUUAGGUUUGAAGAUUCAAAGGUGGUGCGACGGAAAGACGUGGGACUAUGGCUACUUGACCGUGGCAGCAAGCUCUUGCCACGAUUGCAGCCCUUGCAGGCUCUGGUGGAACGAGAACUGGGGCGAGGCUGAGCGAUUCUACCAUGAGUUCAUUGGGCAAGGAAACAUGCCGGGUGGUCCUCCUGACUGGAUCAGCCAGAAGAUCAUCAAGAUGCACGCGGAGAGCUCAGCUAUGUGGACCAUCAACCCCAUCCAGGAUUAUCUUGACAUGUGGGAGAACAUGAGGUCGCAGAAUCCCAAGAGCGACAUGAUCAACAGGCCCGGAUCCACCGACGGCUGCUGGAUCUGGCGAUGCCACAAGAGGAUGGAGGACCUCAUCGACAACUCCAAGUUCAACGACUUCGUCAAAAACAUGCUCAAGGGAGCAAAGCGUGGUGAAGUUUAUUAA